UGGACAAAGACAAAGUGUCUCUGUUGAGAGACAUUGUUCACUGAGGAUUAGCAAGGGAGAGCGUAAUUUGAGUGUUUGAAGCCGCUUCGUUCAACUGAUGGGGGUUGUGAAUUUUGUGUUCAGAGCGUCAGAGGACCUGCAGGUGAAAUAGCUUCCUUUUGGAUUGCACCCACGAAGCUCAGAGACUUUGAGACAUACUCGUGUAACAUCUGCUGAUACCGGUAGUAACAGGUUAUACUAAGCUGUCAGUUCCUAAGAUCUGUCAAACAGGGAGGUUGUGGUGCGGAUAGCAUAAGUGUCUCUUGACACUAGUUUAUAUGUAAUUGUCGUAAUUCAGUUUUAAUGAUGAGUGAAGCUCAGACUUAAUUUUCUCUCUUAUUUUGAAGUGAGUUUUCUGCGUCAAAGGUGUUGUGCAAAAAAAAAAAAAUAAAAUAAAACCGUAUGGGGGGUGGGGUUGAAACAAACCUGAAGUACACCUUUUUCUUUAUCGAAGUCUGUAAAAGUUACUGAUUUAUAAAAACUGAAGGAAUUUGGGCUACAGAAUUUUCAUUGGUGCUUGCUGUCCUCUUCCCUAGUCAUUUGUUGCCCAGGGAACAAAAAUAGCAAUUGUUUGUAUGCUGAAGUUUUGUGCUUCAGUUUAUUUUGGCCUGGCAUGUGAAGUUUGAAGAUUUUGAGGUUCCGAAAUAUUUUUUUUUCCUGAUUCAGUCAAAAUUGGAAGCUCGGGCUAGUUUUCAGGAUCUUGUAGAAAUUUCAGGAUUUCUCUAAUGGUUCUUUACCUGGAAACAAAUAUAGGCCUGAUGGGGAGUGGGAGAGAGCUCUCAUUCUCCUGGACGAUGAGUUUUGUGUGUUCAUUGACAUUGUCCUUGGCGUUCCUGUUAAUGCGGGUGUUUAUGACCCUGGGCACCCAAGGAAAUUUGCUUGCCAGAGUUUUACUUGUUAGAGGUAGGUGAAAGUACCUUUAAAUCCUAUGUUAUUUAUGUCUUGACAGAAUUAUAAAAUCUGUUUCAAAGUUUUGUUGGCUCUUACUAGUUGACUUUAGGAAUUUGGGGUCCACUGUGAAGUCUCUUUAGAUUCUCGAAUUUACUGUGGUCUGAACUUCAACAUCGAGGUUGCUCUUUCUGUUUUAUCAUUGACUUCAAACCGGAUUAUCAGAGUUUUAGAAAACUACUCGGAUGCUCCAAUGACACCAAAACAGAUUCUGCAGGUCAUAGAGGCAGAAGGACUAAAGGAAAUGAGAAGUGGGACGUCCCCUCUCGCAUGCCUCAAUGCUAUGCUACAUUCCAAUUCAAGAGGAGGAGAGGGGUUGUUUUAUAAACUGCCUGGCCGAAUCAGCCUUUUCACACUCAAGAAGGAUGCCCUGCAGUGGUCCCGCCAUCCGGCUACAGUGGAGGGAGAGGAGCCAGAGGACACGGCUGAUGUGGAGAGCUGUGGGUCUAAUGAAGCCAGCACUGUGAGUGGUGAAAACGAUGUAUCUCUUGAUGAAACAUCUUCGAAUGCAUCCUGUUCUACAGAAUCUCAGAGUCGACCUCUUUCCAAUCCCAGGGACAGCUACAGAGCUUCCUCACAGGCGAACAAACAAAAGAAAAAGACUGGGGUGAUGCUGCCUCGAGUUGUCCUGACUCCUCUGAAGGUAAACGGGGCCCACGUGGAAUCUGCAUCAGGGUUCUCGGGCCGCCACGCCGAUGGCGAGAGCGGCAGCCCGUCCAGCAGCAGCAGCGGCUCUCUGGCCCUGGGCAGCGCUGCUAUUCGUGGCCAGGCCGAGGUCGCCCAGGACCCUGCCCCGCUCCUGAGAGGCUUCCGGAAGCCAGCCACAGGUCAAAUGAAGCGUAACAGAGGGGAAGAAAUAGAUUUUGAGACACCUGGGUCCAUUCUUGUCAACACCAACCUCCGUGCCCUGAUCAACUCUCGGACCUUCCAUGCCUUACCAUCACACUUCCAGCAGCAGCUCCUCUUCCUCCUGCCUGAAGUAGACAGACAGGUGGGGACAGAUGGCCUGUUGCGUCUCAGCAGCAGUGCACUGAAUAAUGAGUUUUUUACCCAUGCGGCUCAGAGCUGGCGGGAGCGCCUGGCUGAUGGCGAAUUUACUCAUGAAAUGCAAGUCAGGAUACGACAGGAAAUGGAGAAGGAAAAGAAGGUGGAACAAUGGAAAGAAAAGUUCUUUGAAGACUACUAUGGACAGAAGCUGGGUUUGACCAAAGAAGAGUCAUUGCAGCAGAACGUGGGCCAGGAGGAGGCCAAAAUCAAAAGUGGCUUGUGUGUCCCAGGAGAAUCAGUGCGUUCACAGCGUGGUCCAGCCACCCGACAGCGAGAUGGGCAUUUUAAGAAACGCUCUCGGCCAGAUCUCCGAACCAGAGCCAGGAGGAAUCUGUACAAAAAACAGGAGCCAGAACAAGCAGGAGUUGCUAAGGAUGCAAAAUCUGUGGCCUCAGAUGUUCCCCUCUACAAGGAUGGGGAGGCUAAGACUGACCCAGCAGGGCUGAGCAGUCCCCAUCUGCCAGGCACAUCCUCUGCAGCACCCGACCCAGAGGGUCCCGAAUUCCCAGUUGAGUCUGUGGCUUCUCGGAUCCAGACUGAGCCAGACAACUUGGCACGUGCCUCUGCAUCUCCAGACAGAAUUCCUAGUCUGCCUCGGGAGACUGUGGAUCAGGAGCCCAAGGAUCAGAAGAGGAAAUCCUUUGAGCAGGCGGCCUCUGCAUCCUUUCCCGAAAAGAAGCCCCGGCUUGAAGAUCGUCAGUCCUUUCGUAACACAAUUGAAAGUGUUCACACCGAAAAGCCACAGCCCACUAAAGAGGAGCCCAAAGUCCCGCCCAUCCGGAUUCAACUUUCACGUAUCAAACCACCCUGGGUGGUUAAAGGUCAGCCCACUUACCAGAUAUGCCCCCGGAUCAUCCCCACCACGGAGUCCUCCUGCCGGGGCUGGACUGGCGCCAGGACCCUCGCAGACAUUAAAGCCCGUGCUCUGCAGGUCCGAGGGGCGAGAGGUCAUGACUGCCAUAGAGAGGCGGCCACCACUGCCAUCGGAGGGGGGGGUGGCCCGGGUGGAGGUGGCAGCGGGGCCACCGAUGAGGGAGGUGGCAGAGGCGGCAGCAGUGGUGAUGGUGGUGAGGCCUGUGGCCACCUUGAGCCCAGGGGAGGCCCGAGCACCCCUGGAAAGUGUACGUCAGAUCUACAGCGAACACAACUACUGCCGCCUUAUCCUCUAAAUGGGGAGCAUACCCAGGCCGGAACUGCCAUGUCCAGAGCGAGGAGAGAGGACCUGGCUUCUCUGAGAAAGGAGGAAAACUGCCUACUACAGAGAGCUUCAGUUGGACUCAGAGAUGGGCUGGGAGAUGCCUCCCAACUCUCCAUUGCUCCCACUGGGGACCAGCCAUGCCAGGCCUUGCCCCCACUGUCCUCCCAAACCUCAGUAGCUGAGAGAUUAGUGGAGCAGCCUCAGUUGCAUCCGGAUGUUAGAACUGAAUGUGAGUCUGGCACCACUUCCUGGGAAAGUGAUGAUGAGGAGCGAGGACCCACCACUCCCACAGACAAUGGUCCUAUUCCGUCUCUAGUGGGAGAUGAUACAUUAGAGAAAGGAACUGGCCAGACUCUUGACAGUCAUCCCACUAUGAAGGAUCCUGUAAAUGUGACCCCCAGUUCUACACCUGAAUCCUCAUCAACUGAUUGCCUGCAGAACAGACCGUUUGAUGACAAAUUAGGUCUUGGUGACUCAUGCCUUCCUGUGAGGGAAAGUGAUACUAGACAAGAAAACUUGAAAACCAAGGCUCUCGUUUCUAACAGUUCUGUGCAUUGGAUGCCCAUCCCAUCGAAUGAUGACGUAGUGAAACAGCCUGAACCAGAAUCCAGAGGACAUGUACCAUCUGUUGAGCCCCAGGUUGGAGAGGAGUGGGAGAAAGCUCCUCCCACCCUUCCUGCAUUGCCUGGGGAUUUGACAGCCGACGAGGGUCUAGAUCCUACUGAUAGCCUUACUUCACUCUGGACUGUGCCAUCUCGAGGAGGCAGUGACAGCACUGGUAGUUACUGUCAACAGAUGGACGCUGAAAAGCUGAAAAUCAAUGGAGACUCUGAAGCACUGAGUCCUCACAGUGAGUCCACAGAUACAGCCUCUGACUUUGAAGGUCACCUCACGGAGGACAGCAGUGAGGCUGACAGUAGUGAAGCUGCAGUGACAAAGGGAUCUUCGGUGAACAAGGAUGAGAAACCCAGUUGGAACCAAUCUGCCUCACUGUCCAAGGUGAAUGGUGACCUGCGUCUGGUUACAAGGACAGAUGGGAUGGUUGCUCCUCAGAGCUGGGUGUCUCGAGUAUGUGCGGUCCGCCAAAAGAUCCCAGAUUCCCUACUGCUGGCCAAUACUGAGUACCAGCCAAGAGCCAUGUGUCUGUCCAGGCCUGGGUCCUCAGUGGAGGCCACUAACCCACUUGUGAUGCAGUUGCUGCAGGGUAACUUGCCCCUAGAGAAGGUUCUUCCACCGGCCCACGAUGACAGCACGCCAGAAGCCCCACAAGUACCGCUUACAAACGAGCAGAGCCAUGGCUCCCUGUGCCUGGGAUCUUUACAUGGUCUUGAAGAAAACAGUGGCAUGGUUGGUGGAAGCAGCCCCAUUUCUUUAAGGGCUUUGAAGGAGCCUCUUCUACCAGAUAGCUAUGAAACAGGCCCUGUUCUUGCCAGGAUUGAGGUCACCCAGGCUCCUGGAGCACCCCAAAAGAAUUCCAAGACAGUCCCAAGUUUUGACUCCUUCCAUCCAGUGACAAAUCCAAUUACUUCCUCUAGGAAACUGGAAGAAAUGGAUUCCAAAGAGCAGUUCUCUUCCUUUAGUUGUGAAGAUCAAAAGGAAGUCUGUGCCGUGUCACAGGACAGUAAUUCAAAUGCUGCUCCAGGCAAGAGCCCAGGAGAUCUUACUACCUCGAGAACACCUCGUUUCUCAUCUCCAAAUGUGAUCUCCUUUGGUCCAGAGCAGACAGGUCGGGCCCUGGGUGAUCAGAGCAAUGUUACAGGCCAAGGGAAGAAGCUUUUUGGCUCUGGGAAUGUGGCUGCAACCCUUCAGCGCCCCAGGCCUGCAGACCCGAUGCCUCUGCCUGCUGAGAUCCCUCCAGUUUUUCCCAGUGGGAAGUUGGGACCAAGCACAAACUCCAUGUCUGGUGGGGUACAGACUCCAAGGGAAGACUGGGCUCCAAAGCCACAUGCCUCUGUUGGCAAUGUCAAGAAUGAGAAGACUUUUGUGGGGGGUUCUCUUAAGGCAAAUGCCGAGAACAGGAAAGCUACUGGGCAUAGUCCCCUGGAACUGGUGGGUCACUUGCAAGGGAUGCCCUUUGUCAUGGACUUGCCCUUCUGGAAAUUACCCCAAGAACCAGGGAAGGGGCUCAGUGAGCCUCUGGAGCCGCCUUCUCUCCCCUCCCAACUCAGCAUCAAGCAGGCAUUUUAUGGGAAGCUUUCUAAACUCCAGCUGAGUUCCACCAGCUUUAAUUAUUCCUCCAGCUCUCCCACCUUUCCCAAAGGCCUUGCUGGAAGUGUGGUGCAGCUGAGCCACAAAGCAAAGUUUGGUGCGAGCCACAGUGCAUCACUUUCCUUGCAAAUGUUCACUGACAGCAGCACAGUGGAAAGCAUCUCACUCCAGUGUGCGUGCAGCCUGAAAGCCAUGAUCAUGUGCCAAGGCUGCGGUGCAUUCUGUCAUGAUGACUGUAUUGGACCCUCAAAGCUCUGUGUAUUGUGCCUUGUGGUGAGAUAAUAAAUUAUGGCCAU